UUUAAAUUAACAACAAUAAACGCUGGUGGUGUUCAUUCUACGUGAACCGACCAGAUGUGACGUACGUAGAUUAGAUUUCUUGAGCGAAAAAAGUUACAGUCAGUGUAAAGUUUUAACAAAAACAUGGGCUCAAGAUACCAAUAUGGUAUCCUAAUCGAGAACACCGUCCUGGCGGACCUGAAAAAUCCUGAUUCAAUCAAUGGUAAGAAGACCGGACUGCUAGGGAAAAUUGUAAAAAUCGAAAGCAUCUUAAAAAACAAUUAUACCGUUAGGUUGCUUAAAGAAAACGAAACGUGGGAGACUACGACGUAUAUUUGUCCCCACACUAGUUUGAUUUACGUGGACGAGAAGUUAUGGCCUUUUUUGGAUGCUAUUCCCUCACCUCAAGAAAGAGUUAAGUUAGCACAAAACAAAGUUCGCUGUGACAAAUUAAUGCAGAUUACUAGGGAUACUCUUGUGGGGUAUUCUACAGAACACGAUAUUCAUUUGGGAAAAGUUAAAUUUAUUGGGUUUGUUAAAGGAUUAGGAAAAUGUUUUGGAAUUCAGUUACAUACAAAGCUUCCUGGAAAUAAUUGCAAUGGAAUGUACGCCGGUAUCCAAUACUUUGUGUGCUUACCCGGCCACGGUAAAUUCACAACAAUCGAAAAAUUAAUGCCACAACAUUACGAAAAUGAAACAUCCCCAGUAACCAAGCGCCCCUUAACGGAAUACGAAGAAACCGUAGCGAGGAAUUUAUCCGGGUUCACCGACAGCACACGAUCAAAAGAAACGAGAGGUAUUUCAGCGAGAAAUCCAAAUUUUUUCCGCACAUCACAUUCCAUGCAAAACCUAAGUGAAACAAACAACUUUACCAUUAAUUCAAACAAACAAAAUUCAUCAAGUAUUACUCAAAACAACCAAACCACAACGAUUAAUUCGUACAACCAAAGUGUUAAUUCAAAUAACGAAUUUGAUCAGAAUAUGUUACUCCAACCGGAUAAAACACAUUUAAUAGACGAUAAAACUAUGUCUCACAUCUCAUCUAAUCAUAAAACCAAAUCAGAAAUUGAUUUGAAAGAUGUGAUUGCCGGGAUUUGGUCUGAAACGACCGAACCGGUUCAACCGCAUUAUUACUCCGAUUUAAAACAAUUAUGUAAACAGACCGGUGAUGCUAAAUCGACGUUGAGCGAUAAAUCUUACGGCUCGUACAAUAAUACGCUUUCGAAGACGUCGUCAUCGGCGAGAAAUAAAAGUUUGAACCCGCUUUCACAUAUUGUUAAUGGGAGUAAAACGUUGCCUAAGAAAACUAAGUAUAAUUUGGAUAGGGUUCAGAAUAAAGAUAAUAAAAGUGUUUUUGUGUCAACGAAACAUGUUGAAAUUUUACCAAAAUUAACCCAAAAAGAAGAUAACACCACUUCGAGGCAAGUUCACCCGUCCACGUCAAACGUAAACAACAUCCCGGUUUAUUACGACCCCGAACCAGGAACAACAAACGAUUUAUCCGUCGGAAGUUUAGUUGAAGUUACUAACGAUGUUUCCGAAGAACCACUUUACGGUGUUAUUCGAUGGAUGGGAGUCGAAGGGAAAAGUAAAUACGUCCUUGUCGGCGUUGAACUUGAAGAGGAACAAUCGCAUUUACCUUUAACAUUAACCGAUGGAGUUCAUAAUGGGUUAAGAUUCUUCCAAUGUGGGAAUAAUAGGGCUUUAUUUGUACCUUUAAGUCAAUGCCAAAAGGAUUCGAGGUUUUCUGAUGGCGCAACACCCAGCCUUGUUCAUAGUGUUAGAGAAGAAAAAACUUUUGGGAAGGAAUGCCCAAUUGUUCAAGGAUGUUUAGCCCCAUUAAUAAUGCCUACAGAAGAAGAUGUAGAAGCCGUUUGUGGUAAAUUUCGUGGAAUACAAGGACAUCACAAUUCUUGUUAUUUAGAUGCAACUCUUUUCGCGAUGUUUACUUAUACCAGUGUUUUUGAUAGUUUACUUUAUCGGCCCAAAGGUCCCAAUGAUAUUUCGCAUUAUGAAGAAGUCCAAAGAGUAUUAAGAGAAGAAAUAGUAAACCCCUUAAGAAAAGAUUUAUUCGUUCGAGCCGAUAGAGUGAUGAAUUUAAGAAAAUUAUUGGAUCGAUUGAGUUCAGUGUCGGGUUUAACGAAUGAAGAAAAAGACCCAGAAGAGUUUUUAAAUUCUCUAUUGGCGCAAAUUUUAAAAGCCGAACCGUUUUUGAAGUUAAAUUCGGGACAAGAAGCUUAUUACUACCAAUUAUUCGUCGAAAAAGACGACGAACUCGAAUUACCCACUGUUCAGCAAUUAUUCGAACAGAGCUUUUUAACUAGUGAUAUAAAAUUAAAAGAAGUCCCUUCUUGUUUGAUCAUCCAAAUGCCGAGAUUCGGCAAAAAUUAUAAAGUUUACCCAAGAAUACUCCCAUCACAAUUAUUAGACGUUACCGAUAUAAUAGAGAAUUCCCCGCGGCAAUGUACAGUUUGUGGUUGUUUGGCCGUUUGGGAAUGUCGACAAUGUCUCGGGGAAUGCGGAGUUGGUUUAGAAAGCACCGCAUUUUGUAAUCCGUGUUUAGAAACGGCUCACACUCAUAAUCGAAGAUCUGGACACCACCCAAAACCUUUAAAUGUUUGCCAGGAUUUUAAGAUAAUGGCGGAACAUUGCCCCCCACCCAGACUUUACAUGGAAUUAUUCGCUGUAGUCUGUAUUGAAACAUCACAUUACGUAGCGUUCGUUAAAUGCGGGGUGGGUCACGAAGCACCUUGGUGCUUUUUCGACUCAAUGGCAGAUAGGAAAGGUGAAAGAAACGGUUAUAACAUUCCAGAAAUGGUCCCAUGCCCGGAUAUAUCUAAAUGGCUUUCAGACGAACAAACCUGUAGAUUAUUACACGAAAAUAAUCCCCACGAUCGAUUAUUACCCGAACACGCGCGUAGAUUAUUAUGCGAUGCUUAUAUUUGUAUGUAUCAAAGCCCUGAUGUUAUGAUGUACAGAUAACUGGCGCGAUCCAAAUUAAGAAACGAAUUAUUUAAAAAAAAAAUAAUUAAUUAUCUAAUUCAUUAAUAAAAUAAAAGCCUUCACCCUAAGGUUAAUAAGAAACUAAUUGACUGACCGUUCGGAGAUUACUAUUUAUUCACUGAGAGUAUCGCUUUGUUAUAUAGUCUGUAGAAAUGUAUUAAGUGGUCGUUUCUUGCGUCUUAUAACCUGUUAUCAUAAUGAGGAGUUUUAUUUGUACAAUUAAAAAAUAAAUAUUUGCACCUGAAAAUAUACUGAGUAAUAAAAGUUUUAAUUGCGAA